AAGGAAUCCGAAGGGGAAAAAAAGAUUUUAAUUUGCAAAUAAAAAUAAAAGAAAAAACAACGAGGAACAGAGAGAGAGACGAAAAGGAAGAAGAAGAAUCAGAGAGAGAGAGGGGUCCAUUAUUAAUAACAUUUGCUGCAACAUUUCUCGAAAGGAGAGAGCUUUGAGAUUAUUUCUGUUGUUUCAGACAGAGAGAGAGAUGAAUACAAAGACAGAGUUUGUUCUUGUUCGAUAGAGAGACAAAAGAGAGAUACAAAGGAUUAAUAGAUGAGUUGGAGGAGAGUGCUCAAGUCGAUACAAGCCUUGGCGGCUCACACUUUACUCUUCUCUUUCACGCUAUUGCUUGUUCUUAAGCUCGAUCACACCGUCUCCUCCUCAUGGUGGACGGUGUUUUUGCCGCUGUGGGCUUUUCAUGCAGUUGUUGCGAGAGGAAGGUUCUCCCUUCCUGCUCCUGUUGCUCCUCGUAACCGUCAUUGGGCUCCAUGUCAUGCUGUUGUCGCAACACCGUUACUUGUAGCGUUCGAACUGCUCCUCUGUAUAUACCUCGAGAGUUCUUAUGGUAGCUGGCCACCAGCUGUGAGUUUGAAGAUUGCAUCCCUACCGUUAUUGGCAUUUGAAGUAACCAUACUGAUUGACAAUUUGAGGAUGUGUCGAGCAUUGAUGCCAGGAGACGAAGACAGCAUAAAUGAUGAUGCAAUAUGGGAGGCACUUCCUCAUUUCUGGGUUGCUAUUUCGAUGGUGUUCACGUUGGCUGCUACAAUCUUUAUCCUCCUGAAGCUUACUGGCGAUGUAGAUGCACUCAGCUGGUGGGAUUUAUUUAUAAAUAUUGGAAUCGCCGAGUGCUUUGCUUUCCUUGUUAGUACAAAAUGGUCCAACCCAGUUAUCCACAGAAACUCACGGGCCCGAGAAACAGGGUCAUCUUCUACCGCUGUUAGAUAUCUUGACUGGAACAGUGGCUUCGUAGUUACUCCAGAAGAGGAUAGGCUCCAAGAUGGAAUGUGUUGUGGUCUACAAGAUAUCGGCGGUCACAUGUUAAAAAUUCCCGUCAUUGUAUUUCAAGUCGUCCUUUGCAUGCAUCUAGAGGGGACACCUGAAAGAGCAAAGGAUAUAUCUAUUCCAAUCCUGUUUUCUCCACUAUUCCUAUUGCAAGGCCUCGGUGUUCUCUUUGCUGCAUCUAAACUAACAGAGAAGAUCGUCGUCUUGCUACGCGGGGAAGCUGGUCCUGGGUUGUAUUUUAGAUUUUCAUCAAGAGCCCAUGAUUGCUUGGGGUUCUUGCACCAUGGUUCCAGGCUAUUAGGUUGGUGGUCGAUUGAUGAAGGAAGCCGAGAGGAACAAGCUCGACUGUACAUGGAUGGAGAAUCUGGUUACAAUACCUUCAGUGGUCAUCCGCCUGAGAUAGUCAAGAAAAUGCCAAAGGAAGAUCUCGCUGAAGAGGUAUGGAGACUUCAAGCUGCUCUUGGUGAACAAACCGAGAUCACAAAAUUCAGCCAACAAGAAUAUGAAAGACUGCAAAAUGAGAAAGUGCUGUGUAGGGUCUGCUUUGAGAAAGAAAUCAGUUUGGUAUUGCUUCCAUGCAGACACCGUGUUCUCUGCAGAAUCUGUUCUGACAAGUGUACAAAGUGCCCAAUAUGUCGUAUAGCAAUUGAAGAACGACUACCUGUAUACGACGUAUGACUGUGUCUGACUUUGACCCAUGUUGGACAGUAGGUUUUGAGGUUGAUGCCCCAAACGAUCAUAUUCCUUUUUCACCAUAUACAGUUUUUCCUAAACUUUUGAUGUGUGUUUUUUGCUGAAUCUUUUUAUUUGUCGGAUCAGCAUUAAGUAUAAAAAUAUAGUUGUAUACAUAUGGCCUUUUGUAGAAACCUUAUCCUUACAUUUGUAACAACAAACCUCAUACAAAGUUUGUAUAAUAAUAUGCUUCUCCCUU